AUGUUACUAGCACACUGCUUGACAACAUCAAGCGUGACCAGUAACACACCUCAAAUCGAAGCACAAGGGAAUAAAGUUUCGUCUGAUUUUUGGGAAAGAAUUGAGAACAGACCCUGGUUUCAUCAGGUGGCGAUAAAAAAUGGGAUCUGGCUCAUCAAAAAAGAAGAAGUUUGKGUCAGUAGGUGCGGUGAAGUCAGGAAAGAAAUGGAGGAAAAAGAGCAAAGAAAAAGUUUCGGGAACUAGUUUUCAAAAGGAAGAAGAAGAGGAAGAGCCUGAAAAACAGGAAGAGCCUGAAAAACAGGAAGAGAGUGAAGAAGAACGAGAAUCCAGUGAAGAAGAAAAAGAUAGCGAGGAGGAGCAAGAGGAGGAGAAAGAAGAGGRAGAAGAAGAGGAAGAAAAAGAGGAGGAUGAAGAAGAUCAAGAAGUCGACGAAGAACACGAGUCAGAAAAUAGCGACCAAGACGAAGAGRACGAACAACAUAGUGAAGAUGACGAUGAUAAUGAAGUACAAGAAAAUGCCGCCAUUACUCUUCAAGAUUACAGCAGCAAGCUGCAAAAGGCUCUGGUAGGUGAUCUGGACAUCGAUUUUCCAGAAAAUGUCAAAGUUGUGAGAAUAUUCACAAGUUCCACUUUCACAGACACGUCAGUAGAACGAAACACUCUUAUGGUCAAAGUAUACCCUCGUAUCAAGAAAACGCCUCUUCGCCAUGCUUUAUACCGAACCACAAAUUUCUAA